AUGAGGGAGGAAAAUAUAAAUAGAAUAACCUCAGAAUUCUUAUUAAGCAACGAAUUGCUUAAUAACAUGGCAGUUACUCCAGAAUCCCCAGUGGCUCAAAAAGAAUACACUAAAAUUCCCAGAAUAUCAGAGACAUUUAAGCACCGGCUGGUAAAGACCGAUAAAUCCCUCGCAUCAAAGGUAAUUAUGUUUGACAUAGAAAACAGAGUGGUUUUGGUGGGGAAGUCUUCUUUCUUUAAGUGGAAGAUAUUCUCUCCAUCAGGGGAUAAAGUGGGUGAGCUCGUUAGAAAUUUUUAUGGAUCAGAAUAUUUAUUAUCCAGCAAUACAACUACAGAAUGUUUCAUAAAAUACGUGAAUGUAUACUCCAACGCCGGCCCUAGAAUAUUUCAUGUAUACAAGAACCAGCUUCUGCUCGAACAAAGUGAAAAGCACAAUAAGACAAUAUCCGAAAGAGUAAAAAACAAGACCAACCAAUACGUCAAGCUAAUUAACAAGCCCCCAUACUUUAAUUACGAUACAAAUUCCUUUGUUCUUAACUUUAAUGGAAGAGUCACCCUCCCUUCUGCUAGAAACUUCCAAAUAGUCCAUCCCAAAGAUGUCUCUUACAUUACACUUACCUUCGGGAAAAUAGCGCAUAACGAAUACAUCCUAGACUAUUCCUACCCGUGGUGUGCACUCGACGCAUUCUCUGUCGCGCUUACCUCGUUCUCCUGGAGAUUUGGACUAUAAACUAAUUGGCUUAGCAGUGAUGUCCUCAUUAGGCUUCUGAAUAAUCUGAAAUAUAAAUAGCUCUAGCAUGCCUCUUUUUUUCUGAAUCAACUUUAAAAGAGGAUUUUCCUGGCUAUGCCUGUCGUAUUACUCUUUCAUCCUCAAGCUGUGUGCUAUUAUUGCUUUCAAUUGCUCGUGGG